UGUUGUUUUAAAUUAAUUUAAAGGUCUUUUCCUUUAUUUGUUGACUGGUUGUCCUUUAACUACAAAGUUAGUCAUACCUCUUUCAGACCAGUGAAAAACAGGUCACUCGGAUCAUGAACAGUCAUGAAGCGGUGUGAGCAUAAAGAGCAGAGAGCAGGACACUUCCCCCCACUGUCACCAUCAUCUUCUGGACCGGGACACACUGGGAUCAUCUUGUGAAAUCUAAGAAUUGAAUCUUCUCCUUCCAUCUUAUUAUUCACAAUGAAGACAUCAGCUGUGGAAAUGUCCUGUGAUUCUCUCGCCACUGUUUGUUCAGGUGCAAACUGCCUCAUUCCUCCCAGUAACUUUAACGCAGUCCUGGGCCUUGUGUUGAGCACGGUGCUCACAGUGAUGCUGGCCUUGGUCAUGUUUGCAAUGGGCAGCACCGUGGAGGCCUCAAAGCUAUGGAGACACGUCAAGAAACCCUGGGGCAUUGUCAUCGGCUUCCUCUGCCAGUUCGGCAUCAUGCCCUUCACGGCCUUUGCGCUGUCUUUAGCUUUUGGGGUGCUUCCUGUACAGGCCAUUGUCAUCGUCGUUAUGGGCUGCUGUCCUGGAGGAUCCAGCUCAAACAUUAUCUGCUACUGGCUGGAUGGAGACAUGGAUCUGAGUAUCAGCAUGACGGCCUGUUCCUCCAUCUUGGCCUUGGGCAUGAUGCCGCUCUGUCUGUUCAUUUACACCAGUGUCUGGGCCUCCAGCGACAGCAUAAAGAUCCCUUUUGACAGCAUUGGAAUCACACUUGCAGGCCUUCUUAUACCCAUUGCUGUGGGGAUUUUUGUAAAAAGCAAGUGGCCUCAUAUAGCAAAAAAGAUCCUCAAGGUGGGUUCUAUCGGUGGCUUUGCUCUCAUUAUCAUCAUAUCUGUGGUUGGAGGGGUCCUCUACCAAUCGUCUUGGGUCAUUUCUCCCUCCUUAUGGAUAAUUGGAACUGUCUAUCCCUUUAUUGGGUUUAGCCUGGGUUUCCUUUUGGCUUGGUUUGUGGGUCAGCCCUGGAACAGAUGUCGAACAAUCGCACUAGAAACAGGUUUCCAGAACGCCCAGCUGUGCAGCACCAUUGUCCAGCUGUCCUUCAGCCCUGCAGAGCUGGAGGUCAUGUUUGCUUUCCCCCUCAUCUACAGCAUCUUCCAGCUCGUAGCAGCAGUCUGUGCCGUGGGAGCCUUCCAAGCAUAUAAAAGGAUUUGUGUAAAAAAUUCAAAUGACCUAGACAAUGAGGUCAGAACGGAAAAUGAUGACAGUGCAACUAAACAGACGGGCUACACUCUGGACAACAAAGCUUUUGACUCUGACGAACUGAAAGGCACCUACGCAAACAUAAAGCUGUGAGAUAUAAAAAUCCUGCAAAUGACUGACUUGAGAUCUCUUGGAGACAAUAGAAUUAUUGAACUGUGAACACACAAUACUCACUACUGGCCGAAAUGUGUAAUGCAAAACAUGCAACAGCAAAGAUUCCUGUCUGUAGAGCCACCAGUCAGGUGAAGGGCUUUCUUUAUUUUAUUCAUGUAGAUAUUGCAUGCAGAAUUAUUUUGUGAAAGACAGAAUAGAUACUGAGGGGAAAAUGUGGUCAUGAAGCUAUUAAAGUUCAUGAGAGGCAUGAUUUCAUGUUUUAAGGAUUAUGAUUAUUGAUUAAUUAAUAUUCAUCAAGAAUUAUAAUGUAAAAUCAUAAUUUGAAAUUUUUUUAUUUCUUAACCAAAAAUCAUUACUUACGAAUAGAAAUCAGAGAUGUCCUCUG